AUGCGGUCGAAGGAGCUCAAGCGCAGUCUGGGCGACCUCAACUUACUAUGCUCCGUCAUUCUUACGGCAUGCGCUGACAUUAUGGAUAUCGCCGAGCGAGCACGUAAACAGGGCCGUGCUGGAAAUACGCAGUCUAUCUGGACCGAAGCCAACACCGAUAUACGAGCCAAGCAUGGCUUUGAGCUUACGAGUGUCUUUGACUAUAGCUGGAUCUUCGCCAACAGCUUGGAAGAGGUACUAAUACUUGGCAAAGCAGAACCAGAUGCGAUGGGAAGAGCGCGUCAGAUCUUGGAGACCUAUGGUGUCAAGCAGAAGGGUCAAGAUGCCGAAGGUAUCCGCGACCACCUGGAUGAGGUGCUGUACGUGCGUGAGGCUGAACGGCCUACCCCCAAAAUUCGCGGACUCAUCCAAAUUCAUCAAAUACCCCCCGUAGCGAGGCUCUACAUACUGGGCCAACUGGAAGCGAAGCCCACCAUGGCAAAACCGUCCACGCUAUUCAACCACACUGUCUGCUUACUGAGAGAGGACAUCACGAGGCUGGAAGUCGACAUCGUGGUAAACUCAACCGAUCCAAGCUUCUCCGGCAUGGGCACUCUAGAUCGCAGCAUCUUCAAGAAAGGAGGAGACGAAUUGCGCUCAGAAGUCUCAACCUUCGGUAAAUGUGAAGAAGGCGACGUCAAAGCGACUGCCGGAUACCUUCUCCCAGCCAAACAUAUCCUCCAUGUCGUUCCGCCUGGAGUGUUCAGGAGCGAUACCAAGAACAUCUUGAGGAACAUCUACCGGGCAAUUCUGCAUGAUGCCGUACUCAUGAGGGCCACUUCCAUUGCGAUACCGAGUAUCGGAACCGGCAUGCGGAACUACCCGCGGCGCGACUGCGCGUCGUUGGCGAUGGAGGAAGUGAAACGCUUUCUGGAAUCCGCUGAGCCGGGGAAUGGGCUUGAUAAGAUCAUAUUCGUUGUCUUUUCUUCCAAUGACGAGUUCGUCUACAAGAGCCUUUUGCCAGUCUACUUUCCGCCAACGAAGGGCAAUAAUUCGCCUACUAUACUGGCGAGACAGCCUGCGCAGGUCGAGGAAAGCUCUUCUUCGGUACUACCGGUUCCCACGAAUCAGCCCUCUCUGCCGGUUGCUGGAACGGAGGCCUCCCCCAAGGUGGCCUCUGCCGUCAACUUCGCAAUGACGGAACCUAUGGGCCAAGCCGCGGCCAGCACCGAGGUCAGAUCCGGCAAGCAGCCAGUAAAGUCACGGGCCUGGAAUGACGAUGAAGCCAAAACUUUGAUGGACUUCGAGCUACAUGUUGGGACUUGCAAAGCGUGCGAAGGCGGCCUCUACGAGAGAACCCACGAACUCUGCAAGCCCGGCUUUCAUUUCGCCGAAGCGGUACUACAGCGAACGGAGAUGUCUGAAGAUGCACUUGUGUACAGAAAAGCGGACGAGCAGGGCCAAAGGGAGCAACUGGAGAUGCCGGUGGAACGAUUGCCCAGUUCGAUGCUGUUACUCUCCACCGUUGCAAAAAGCGGACGUUAUGUCCUUGAGGAUACAUUCACUCAAGUCAAAAAGCCUGACACUGCGGACUCUGAUGCGCCUGUGUCAGAGCACCCUUCGAUACCGAACGACCCAGACAAUAUUGCGCAGGCUACAGAACAACCAGCGGUAGUCCGAGUAGAAGUCCUGUCUCCACACACCGAGACUAGAGGCUGGUUCUACUCAUGGGUUCGAGUCUUCAGGAGCAAGAUCGAGAUGUACUCUGGAGACUAUGAUCCUGAAUCAGGAGAUGCUACAGGUCAUACUCCGUAUGCUUCAGUAGAUCUCAAGGAUACUAUCGCAAACGUGGACGGCCGCAGAGACGACAUAGUGUCUUUGUGGACUGCACCGCGAGUACCAGACCGGGGAGAAACAUGGAAUUUCCGUAGCUCUGAAGCUGAUGAUUUAAUCGCGCUUCUCGAGCUGUUCAAAAGAGCUAUCAAUCGUGGUAGCCAGGAGCGGGAGAAGAAAGUGUCAGCUGAGGUCGGAGAAGCAGCAACCCCCCAGCCAACAGUUGCCGCGAAGAGAGAACAGGACAUUGUCGAAGAUCUAUCUGCUGAUGUCAACAAGCCUGAUGCUGCGAAGCUGAACGAUCAAGUUCAGCAGUCCUCCAGCGUCAUGUCGGGCACAUUGACUACUCGCUCUGAUGCCUAUGUCAACACUAAGGACGAGAAACGCUCGAAAUAUGACAAGGAGACACAUUCUCCCGAAGUCGAAGGUGCGGUUCCGAUUGCACCAGAUACUGGACCACGUGCGGUAAUUCGUGUCAAGGCCAGGGAUCCGUACGAACCUCACGACUGGAUCGAUUCGAUUCUAUACGUCUACGAGAGCAAGAUCAUUGUGGAAUUCGACAAGACUCAUCGACCAGAACAACAAUAUGCGAAAAUAGACCUCCUUGAGGCUAAUAAUAUAGGAUUGAGUCGCACUGGUGAUGGCGAGGAAAGGGCCUACCAGCCCUACCCGAAUAUGAUAUCGUUAUAUGUGGACAGAUUGGGAGAACGGGAAAGAGAACCAAGGGAUCCUUGGUUCUUUCGCACCGACAGAAAGCCGGAAGCAGACGCGUUGUUCGACGUGCUUCAACAGGCUGUCGAUCGCAAUAGCUACAUGGGCAAGGGAGCAGCAUCAACUGGAGUCAAUGCAGUCGACAAGUCUGAUCCCAUGAGACCCGAUGAUGCCACUUCGGACAACGCCGGUGCGCUACACUCUUCGAAAGCCGAACGUAAUGCAGCAGCUAAGGAGGCACCUGCGGUACUCCACGUCGAAGUGUUCCCUCCACGAACAUCUGGAGAGUGGAUGAAAUCAUUUCUGUAUGUCUACAAGAACAAGAUUGAUGUAUAUCUGGAAGAGCGCAGUAGACACGACAGUCCCUACACGACGAUAGAUCUCCCAGGCGCAACUCUACGUUUGGAUCGCAGCGGUGAACCUGGCUUCAAUCAUCUGAACGUCAUGACUUUACAUCUAGAAAGGAGAAACUACAAAGGAAUUCCGCUCACCGACAUAUGGCACUUUCGCAUUGCGGAAGAGUCUGAUGCAAAUGCAGCAUGGAAUGUCCUCCAACAGGCCGUCAAUCGUAACAACCAGGCGCAGAAGGAAACUGGGUUGAACGAGAUCGAAGAAGCGACAAGCCCAGGAUCAAUCAUUGCACCGGAUGCACAUGCCGACGACUCUAGAAGAUCUCCUUACUACGAAGAUCUGUCCCCUCAAUUACAUGAACUACUAAGCAACGUCGAAGAUCGAAGUCAAGACAAACGUUAUGACGUAGCAGGAAUCGAUACGCAAUUCAUGACGAUCGCAGAAGAGAACUUGGAACUGGAGACACGAAUACUCGCUUACCUCAACGAAGAUCUCAAGACCCGACCUGGCUCUUACAUCGGCCAGCACUUCAGAAACAUAGCCGUUGCAUUGAUGCCCGUCCAUCCUGGAUACAUCUCGAGGACCUUACAAGACCUUGCUGCAAAGGGCAAAAUCCACAACACUGUCAAUGACGAGACCUGGGUUAUCUCGGAGCCAAGCACCGUGCUUCGUACAUCAGAUCAAGAGAAUCAACCAGAGAAACAAAGCGAGACUGGUAUAGAUGCUCUCGCUGAUCAAGUCUUGAUAUACAUGGAUCGUGUAGGCGGCAGACCACUGCUACUUCACGUGGUCAAGGAGUUUCAAACUUCUACUGACGCAUUAUGGCCUGCGAUCAGGUACCUAAGAGCCAACGAAUUGAUCUCUAGUCAGCCUAGCGAACAGCUCUGGAUUUUGACCGAUAAGGGUAGAACAAGAGUACGCGAGUUACGGUUGCAAGCAGCAAAAUCAGGACAAGACAUCGCGCAAGUUCCUGGAUCGACCCCGGGUGCGAGACCUAGCCCAUCUAGCUACUGGUCUAUCUCCGAAUUAAAGGAUUUCGAAAUCAAUGUUGCAAGCUUUGGCACGGACUGGACAGCAAUGGCGAAUCACAUGGGUACAAAGACACCGACUAUGCUCAAGAACAACUACCUACGUCUUGUGGAGAUUGGCAACCCAGAAUUGGAGCAGUUGGCACAGGAAGCAGAUGCUCGAAACGCUCUCGCUUCUCAACGACUUGCUGCGGCGUCUCUCACGUCCAUGGAGCAGCCCACGUCAGAUGAGGGCAACGCCAUUGCUGAAAAGCGCGGUGAUUCCAAAGCUCAGCCAGAGACAGAUGCCAACCAGGAUUAUGAUCAAUCAAAUAGCCUAGCCGAUCGCGCUUUGUCUUACCUGAGAAGCCUGUCUGGAGUGAGCGAAAACAUUUCGGAUCUCGCGACUACAUUUGAUACUCCCGUCGAUGAGCUUCAACCAGUACUCAAACAGUUGAGGUCUGAUGGGUUGGUUCAUAACACGGGGGAUAAUUCGACUUGGGCUGCGGCAAUCUCAACUCGACAUUUUCGUCCACGAUCGACUCGCAUGGAUCCCCCAUCCCACUCUCCAAUCGCAAAGUCAGAUGUCUUGCCGCGUUCUGGUGGUGGCUACAACAAAUAUCCAUGCCCGAACUGGCAAAAGCAUGGCCAUCCUUCAAACUACAACUUUGUUGAUAGAAAGGAUGAGCUGUGCGCUCAUUGCAUGAACAGUUGGAGAGACGGCAGGGGCACAAAAGAAAGGAGGCAGACCAGAUUCAGCAGGGCAAUGACAGAUGACAUCGAAGAAGACGUAGCAUCUGGCACAGCGAGUAGCUUGAGACAAACAAAGAUUGCAAGGGAAAGGAAACACAAUGCAUCGAGCAAGGCAAAGAAGGAUGACAUUGAUGACGAACUGGAGGACUACGAUGGACAGGAGGAAGACUUUGUAUAA